CCUAUCCCCCACCUUCCUCGUGCGUCUCCUUCCUUCCUUCCUUCUUGCCUCUUUCUGCUCGGCAGGAGAAGCCGGAAAGGAAUCAAGGAACGGAGGAGUGAACAACACCAGACAACAAGACGCGGCGGAGCGGAGGUAAUCGGCGUGAGGAAGUCGGGAAUACAGUAAUGGAAAUGAAAGAGGGGAAUCCCGGGCCUGGGAUGGAGGUGGCCACGGCCUUCCUGGAGACGAACCUCGGCACCGGCCUCGCCGUCUCCUUCCCCGCCCGCGCCACCACCGUCGCCGACCUCAAGCGAAUGGUAAGCGACGAACAUGCCACAUCUUUCCCCUCCAUUGGCCAAAUCACCGUCGAAUCCUUCAAGGUUAGACGCAGAGGUACUCUGUAUCAUCUCACGGAUUCCAUGCUUGUGCAAGCUGCUUUUCAUGGGAUCAAGGGAACCUGGUACCUCCAGGUUGAUGCUGUGCCUCACUGCACCCCUGCUGUUGUUGCUGCUCACAAGGAUGCUAAAUGUGCCACCGAUGAUACUGAUACAGGCAUGCUGCAUCAUGUGCUCUGUAGUACUCAAAGGAAUGCUGCCAUCGACGGCUGCAUGCCGCUUCUUCCCCAGGAUGCCGCGUCUCAGGGCGGUGGCAAUCUUGCCUUAGCUGACACUCCCUCAAUGAAGCAACAUUUUGAUGUGCAUGUCUCCCCGUGUGCUUCAAAAGAAACUCCUUUGGUUCCUGCCACUUCCUUGAGCAACCACAGCAGUGUACAAGGCGACGGUUAUGCCAUGCCUGGGGAAAAUUCAGAUCCUGAUGUAGCAGCACAAGAGGAUGAUGAUCCUGUUAGGAGGCAACAAAUCCAGGAACCAAGAGGGAAGAAGCAUUUCAGAGAGGAAAAUCAGAACCAUCAAAGUAUUGCUGACAACUGCGUUGGUGGUCUCACCUCCCUUGUUUGCUCCAGACAAGAUGACCAAAACAAGCGCGGACAUCUCCUCAAAGACGAGCACUCUGAACAGUAUCCAAAGUCGAAAAAAAAUUGUGCGCGCGUGAAUGGCUUUUUGAAUGAAGUGGAUGUAAUUUCUGUAGGUACAAAGGAUGUUGCUGUGCACUCUUCUGAUGAUGAGAUACCUAAGAAUGAAGGUGCUUUGGACAACUCACAAAAUCAUGGUAAAGGACUGGAUUUUCUUGGAAGGAAAGAGGAGGCAGUACAGACCAGGCCAGCAGAUGAACUUGAAUCAUCAGUGGAAUUGUGUGGUCAUGGGAGCAAGUCUGUUACAAAUGAUACAGAGCCAAUUUCUGAAAACCCAGCUCUCUGCUUCUCAGUUAAUGAGAAUGACUCCACCACUUCCACGGAAAAACAUGCUGAUGUAGGAGUGACACGGGAGAAAGUGGUUGAGCAACAAGGUCACCUCGACAACAGUACUGAGGGAUCCGUGGAGAAGCAUGAUGGAUCGACUAAGAGAUGUGAUACUGUCUCUGUUACUGCAGGUUUGUUUGACCUUUUCACUCCUAAGUAUGCAUUGUCAGAGGAAACAGUUAACAGUACUCUGAAAAGAUAUCAUAACGGCGAGGUGUGCAACAGUGGAAGCCGCAAGAAAGGAACAGAUCUACCACCUUAUGUUGGGACAUUGAAAGAAGUUACUAAUUCUUUAGAAAGAGAAGCCAUGGUACACAAAGGUGAUGGAAAGGAUGGCGAGAGAAGCAGCAAAGGAACUGAUCUUCCACCUUGUGCUGAGUCCAUGAAAGAAAAUAAGUCUCCAAACUUGACAUGCACAGCCGGGGAUGGAACCACUGUAGAAAGAAUACAAUCGGAAGACUCGUUACAAAGUGAUCAGCGCAAAUUCAGUAUUCUAGAGGCUAUAGAAAGUGAUCUGGUAAAACCCUGUCAAAAUGCUGGAAAAUGUCCAGAGGGUACACCUAAAAAGGAAGGAACUAAAGUACCAUUGGAUUAUGUAACCGACAAGAGUGAUCCACAUGGUUGGUGUAAUAUACCUGAUACCCCUAAGACCCCAGUUACCAAUGAUCUCAAGGAAUCGAGGGAUGUAGAGGCCACAUCAACUGACGGCACAGAGCAGGAGGAAUGGGGCCAUAGAAGGCGGCAGAGGAUUGGAGUUCGUAAAGUACGAAUGAGUAGGGCAAUGAAGAUGUAUGGCUUCAGCCCUAUUUGAUUGGAGAUGUUCUUUCAUGGAAGUGAUUGAAGAUGUUUCUGAAAUCUUGCUCCGUGGCAGGUGAAAGCCCCGUGAAAGCGAAGAACAAGAAAGUCAGGUGAUGAGCACAGAGCAGGGAGGGGCACAAGUUGGAGAAAGAUGUUAGAUAUAUUUAUGGUAGCAACAGGAUUGUGCAUUUUUGGUGUGAAACUUAGCUGAUGGUUAUUUUGUUUACCUACUAAAAGGAACUGGAAAGGAUUCCGAGCU